AGAGACAGUCAUCUUUUAGAAAAAGCCAAAACCAUUUCAGAAAAAAAAAAAAACCACUCCUUUAAAAUCCGACACAUACCCAUAAAUUCUCUCUUACGCUUCUCUGUCUUCUGUUCUUGGUUUCUGUGCUCCAAAUCGAAAAAAGGUUUUAGGGUUCUUGAGACUGAUUUGUAAGGAAUGGAUACGUGUGGUGGAAGAAACGGCAACGACGUUGGAUUCAACGGUCACGGAGGAGGCGGAAGAGUUAGGCCAUACGUACGGUCUCCAGUGCCUAGACUCAGAUGGACGCCAGAGCUCCACCGUUGUUUCCUUAACGCCGUCUAUGUGCUUGGUGGCCACCAUAGAGCCACCCCAAAGCUUAUUCUUAAGAUGAUGGAUGUGAAGGGACUUACCAUUUCACAUGUCAAGAGCCAUCUCCAGAUGUAUAGAGGUUCCAAACUCACUUUGGGGAAAUCAGAGGAAAGCUCUUCAGCUUCAGUAAGAAGAAGACAAGACACUGAAGAAGAUUAUCUCCAUGACAACUUGUCUUUACCCUCAAGGAAUGAUUGUCUUUUGGGGUUUCAGUCUUUUCCUCUUUCGUCGCAUUCUUCUUUUAGAGGAGGAAGAAGAAAUGAGCAGACUUCAGAGUCUGGUGGUGAUGAUGACGACUUUCUUCACAUCAUGAACAUGGAGAAGACGAAAGAAACGACGCCGUUUCCAUCACACCAUAUCCACAAGAAAACAGAGAAGGAAGAAAAGACUUGGCAAGAACAAGAAGCGGAAGAUUUGUCGUUGUCUCUGUCGUUGAAUCAUCAUCAUCAUCAAUGGAGAAGCAACGGAUCAUCAGUGAGUGAAACGAGCGAAGCAGUCUCCACUUGUUCUGCACCAUUGGUCUUCAAAGAUUGCCUUGGUUCUUCACCAAAGAUUGAUCUCAACCUUUCUCUUUCAAUCUCUCUCCUGAGCAGCUGAACUCAGUAAAUAAAUAUUUGCCUCCUUAGCUUAGUCUCAGUGAAAAGAUUCAGAUAAUUUUGUUGUUAAACUCCUAGGAUUGUUGGUUUAUCACAUGGACGAAAUCUUGAAAAUAAAAUUUAUCUUUUUUUU